UCAUCGGUCAUCCAAUCAGCUGACCUGUUCUCCAACACCUCCUGCAACAUUACCUCCAAUGAUUCAACAUUCUGCUCCUCUGUGGAUGAUGGAGCGGGGGCAGGAAGUCCAUAUAAAGCUCUGGAGAUGUUUUUUAUUGCCUUGGUGACAGGAUCCCUGAGCUUUGUGACUGUCACAGGAAACAUUUUAGUCAUGCUGUCCAUCAAAGUAAACCGCCACCUACAAACUGUCAAUAACUACUUCUUAUUUUCAUUAGCAUGCGCUGACUUGAUCAUUGGUGUUUUCAGCAUGAAUUUGUACACAGUCUACAUCAUUGUCGGCUACUGGCCACUUGGGCCAGUGGUCUGUGACUUGUGGUUAGCCUUAGAUUAUGUUGUCUCAAACGCCUCAGUGAUGAAUUUAUUGAUCAUCAGCUUCGAUCGCUAUUUCUGCGUGACCAAACCCCUAACAUAUCCGACAAGAAGGACAACCAAGAUGGCGGGGUUAAUGAUAGCCGCAGCAUGGAUCCUAUCGUUUAUCUUGUGGGCUCCUGCCAUCUUGUUCUGGCAGUUCAUCGUUGGACAGCGAACAGUGCCACCUGGAGAAUGUUAUAUUCAGUUCCUUUCGAACCCCGCUGUGACAUUUGGGACGGCUAUCGCAGCAUUCUAUCUUCCUGUCAUUAUUAUGACAGUCCUGUACAUCCACAUUUCCCUGGCCUCCAGGAGCCGGGUCUCCAAACACAAACCAGAGAAGAAAGAGAAGAAAGGAAUAAAAACUCCCAGCUUGAUGAAGAGUCACCUGUUAAAGCAGAACAACAACAAUGAGACCAGUCCUCAGGCCAGUCCCCGCUCCACUCCCAAACUCAGUCUGGACUCGACCACCACUGCGCUGGAGGCUGUGAAGAAUGGCAGAGUGGAGGAACCCAAACCUGUACUGCCACAGAUUCAAGCACAGCCCAGUCCAGGACUCACACAGGAGGAAAAAGAGAGCUCCAAUGAUUCGUCCACAGCUUUUAUUCCCCCCACAGAGCCAAAGGACAACACCAACAAUGAGGUGAUAUCUGAGGCAGCAACAAAUCCCAACCCAGUUGCCACGACAACGGCCAAUCCUGCAGCGUCAAAGAUGGGCUCAGCCUCGAGGUGGUCCAAGAUAAAGAUUGUAACGAAGCAGGCUGGGGAUGAAUGCAUCACAGCCAUAGAGAUUGUCCCCCCUGUAGAGGGAGCCGAGAGGCAUUCAAUACCAAUCAGCCGUCCUAGGACUGUGGCACGAAAGUUUGCAAGCAUCGCUCGGAGCCAAGUGAAGAGGAAAAGACAGAUGGCUGCCAGAGAAAAGAAAGUGACCAAGACCAUCUUUGCCAUCCUGCUGGCUUUCAUCAUCACAUGGACGCCGUAUAACGUCAUGGUGUUGAUCUCAACCUUCUGCCAAUCUUGUGUCCCCGACACUGUGUGGAUUAUUGGCUACUGGCUGUGUUAUGUCAACUCGACCAUCAACCCAGCUUGUUACGCACUGUGCAACGCCACAUUUAAAAAGACAUUCAAGAACCUGCUGCUGUGCCAGUAUAAAAAUAUAGGUACAAGAUGA